AUGUCCGACAUCUCAAAAGUUACAAUUAUCGGAGCCGCUGGUCACCUAGGUCAACAUAUCCUAACUGCUCUACUCGGCGAGCGCAAGCUCACUACCCAAAUCCUCACCCGUAUCGAAUCAACCUCUACCUUCCCUGAUGACAUCCCGGUCGUCAGGGCUGAUUUUAGCUCCGUCAACUCCCUCAAGGACGCUUUACGGGGCCAACAUGCGAUCAUCAGCGUAGUGGGGAUUCAGGGUGUGUCCGACCAGAUCAAUGUCAUCGAUGCUGCUGUUGCUGUCGGUGUGCGCCGCUUCAUACCCAGCGAGUUCGGCAACCACCCGGAGUCCGAACACAAGCGAUUGCCGGAGAUGAGGAUGACCCAGCCGGCUAAAAUAGCUGUGAUGAAGCAUCUAGCUGAGAAGGUCGUGGAGACGGCGGGCAGAUUCUCGUGGACGGCGAUUGCGGUGGGGAACUUUUUCGAUUGGUCUAUUAAACGUUUCCCCGCCUUCGGUUUCGACUUAGCCAACAAGGCAGCCCGAAUCUAUGAUUCAGGCAAUGAGUAUAUCACAGGCGUGCUCAUCGACUCCGUCGGCCAGGCCGUCGUGGGCACUUUCCUCAACCCCGUCGAAACGGCAAACAAAUUCCUGCGCAUCAGGUCCCUGGAGACGACGCAGAACGAAAUUCUAGCGGCCUUCGAGCAGCUUACGGAAUCCAAAUGGGCGGUCGAGAGGAUCUCGACUCAGGAAUUGUAUCGAACUGGAAGGGAGAAAAUGGCCAAGGGGAAAGCAGGGUGGAUUCUGGAUAUUCUCUGUACGCAGAUUUUUGCUGAUGGCGCGGGUCGAUCGGUUGUUGCGACGAGGGAGGAUUCGGAUAAUACAUUGGUUGGAGUUCAGGAGGUCGAGUUGCAGGAUGUGAUUAGGGGAAUUGUGGCGGAGAGUCGAGAUAUGUAG